UGCAUUUUUGACUUCAUUUUUGGCCCCAUCUUUAUCUGCCAGUUGCAAAUCUGAUCACCCGUCUCCUCUUUAUUGGUGCUCUUACCGGCACACAGGGUGGAUUACUCUUCCAUUAUCCAAUGAAAAACUUGGUGGUCUAAGGUCUCCAGCAGCAUGGAUAUUUCACACAGCGGAUGAGUUUGAAGCUGAAAUGAUGCCAUCUGUGUUCCUCCUCUACGUGUUGUGGGCGUUGUGUCCUCUCUCUGUGGGACUAUACUUCACCUGUCCUUCAUCUCUGAAUCUGAAUCCUCAGCAGGGAUCUGAGAAACUUUGUGCAACAUUGCAGCUGCAGCGCAAGUUUCCUUGUCUCAGUUUAAGUUUGUCAGUGAGUGACAAUGAGCAACUCAGUCCUGAAACAUGGCAUUUGGAGAGUCUGUCGGUGAAGGUGGAAAAAAACUGCAGUUUUAUGGUGAUUCAACAAAAUAAACAGAUUCAACAUUUUCCAGGAGGAUCCUAUUCAAGCAUUACUAUAAACUUCAUCAGUACACAUGCAGAAUUUUUGUGUAUUUGCACAAAACUUCACAUCAGAUCCAAACGUGCCCCAACACAUAAUGAUUUUCUCCAGAGACAUGUAUUGAAGACCACUGAUAAUCCAGAUAACAACUUUUGGGAAAGAGUAUGGAGUGAUUCAAAAAAUGUUAGAAAACAUUUACCACACAGGCAAUCCUUCAUGGCAUUAGAGGAGUUUAACAAAAUCAAGUUCACAAAAAAAUUUCCAAUUGAAGUGGAAAGUAAUAAAACAUUAUAUAGAAGCGACUGUAAAAUUGAUAUUUAUUAUGUCAAUAACGAAAAUGGCUUACAAAUUACUCAAAGAUAUGAUUAUGUUGUGGCUAAACUUGAUAAUAAUAACAAGCCAGUUCACUUUGAAAAUGCUGAAGAUAUUUCUGAACACUUGGAAAAAAUGGAAAAAAAUAAAAUUCUUGAAGUACAAAAAGUUAACAUAAAUGGGAAAACAGUGUUGAAGGUGAAAAGAAAACCAGAGAGUCUGAUCAAAAAAGGCACAGAUAAGACAGAGCUUGAAAAGGAUGCUGAGGCUGAAGAAAAUAAAAAAGCUGAAAAAGGUGGUGCUGAUGCUGAAGAAGAUAAUAAAGGUGGUGCUGAUGCUGAAGAAGAUAAUAAAGGUGGUGCUGAUGCUGAAGAAGAUAAUAAAGGUGGUGCUGAUGCUGAAGAAGAUAAUAAAGGUGGUGCUGAUGCUGAAGAAGAUAAUAAAGGUGGUGCUGAUGCUGAAGAAGAUAAUAAAGGUGGUGCUGAUACUGAAGAGACUAGAAAUUCUGAAAAAGGUGGUGUUAAGGGUGAAGAAGCUGAAAAAGGUGGUGCUGAUACUGAGAAACUUAGAAUUCUGAAAAAGGUGGUGCUGAGGGAGAAGCUGAAAAAUGUGGUACUGAGGCUGAAAGAGAUGGAUUUGACACUGACGUUGAAAAUAUCUCCUUUUAAACUGCAGUUCAACAAGAUGCAUUUAACACUCCACUUGAAAAUGGGGUUUUUGCAACUAGAGUUGGAGAUGCUGCAUUGAACUUGCGUUUAAAGAAACCAGAAAAAGAAACCGACACUGGUUCAUCCAAGCCCCUGCCACUUUUGUCUAAAGUGCCAAAAUUUAAGUGCUAACCAUCCACACGUAUAUCUCACCACCAACUGAAAAGAGUUUGACAUGUUUUGGGAGCAGAGUGUAAAGAAGAUCAUCACAGACACUCCUCCAAUUAAAGAUAUUGACAUGAGGAGAGAUGUAAGAGAGUUCCCCUUCAGGGGGAACUCCAGCACUAUAAGUGGAUUUGAUUGUAAAAUCCACGCAU